GCGCUGCUCCCCAGUCCGGAACCAGCUGCGUCCCUUCGGCCUCGGGUGGAGAAGGAAGAAGAACACGGACCACAAAACUCCAACAAAAGUUUCAGAACCAUGGAUGAGUGAUUCAAAAGACAACCUGAGCCAGACCCCCCCCUGCAGGGCCGCUGAGUUUCCCGCCCAGCGGGAAGGAGACCGUUCAGUCUGUGUGUGGAUCGUCCCGGAGGGUCCGAGUCGGUGUGAAGUGCUGAAGGUCCGCUCCUCUCUGCAGACUCGUGUUUGGGAUGUUGAGCUCCGUGAAGAUGGAGGCGCACGAUUUACCAGAGUGGAAUAGUUUUUACAGCGAGGCCAGCGAGAUGUAUCCCUCCCCCAGUGUUAUGAACCCGGGUCUGGGCUCCAUGGGAACCAUGAGCAGCUACAUCAACCUGAACCCGGCCACGGCCUCGCCCGCCGGGAUGAACAUGGCGUACCCCAGCUCCAGCCUCAGCAACUCCCCCCUGACUUCUAUGGGCUCCGGCCCGAGUCACAUGUCCCUCUCACCUGUGACCUCGUCCCUCACCUCGGGCUCCCUGACCCAGCUGGGCCCCCCUGCUCCUGGCUCGUUGAGCUCUUUGUCCCACUACCAGAACAUGAGCCAGUCCAUGAAUCAGCUAAGCUACACCCAGACCGGGUCCCUGAGCCGGCCGGGGCCCAAGGAGAUCCCCCCGAAGCCGUAUCGCCGCUCCCUGACUCACGCCAAGCCGCCGUACUCCUACAUCUCCCUCAUCACCAUGGCGAUCCAGCAGAGCAGCAGCAAAAUGCUCACCCUGAACGAGAUCUACCAGUGGAUCAUGGAUCUGUUCCCCUACUACCGCGAGAACCAGCAGCGCUGGCAGAACUCCAUCCGCCACUCGCUCUCCUUCAACGACUGCUUCGUGAAGGUGGCCCGCUCGCCCGACAAGCCGGGCAAAGGCUCCUACUGGACGCUGCACCCGCAGUCGGGCAACAUGUUCGAGAACGGCUGCUACCUGAGGCGCCAGAAGCGCUUCAAGAUCGAGGACAAGGCCUCAAAGAAGGGCAGCAAGAACCAGGAAGGGGGCUCAGGGAAAGGGGGCCACAGCGGAGACAACCUGGGGGAGGAUCAGAGUCCUGCAGGUGCAUCUGAAGGAGCAGACUCCGCCCACUCGGAUAACUCCCAUCCGGGCUCCUCGGACGAUCAACCUCACAGAAACACCCUGGUUUCUCUAGACUGCCCUUCUCUGUCGUCCUCGCACCUCCACAGUCCCCCCUCCUCCUCCGCCCCGUCCUCCUUAUCCCUCUCAGGCACCUCCUCCUCCAACCUGCUCCACUCCCACUCUUUAAGCAGCACCUCCCACCUUCUGCCCAGCACCAUGCAGCAGCACAUGGACCUCCAGAGCGAUGCCCUCAAGUCCCUGGACCCCAACUACAACUUCAACCACCCUUUCUCCAUCACCAACCUCAUGUCCAACGAGCAGAAGAUGGACCUCAAGUCCUACCAGGACCAGGUCAUGGCCUACAACAGCUACAGCAGCUCCCCCAUGGGGGCCAAGCAGAUCUACGACAGUCCGAGCCCGGCCACCAUGGACUCAGGCGCUUAUUACCAAACGCUGUACAGCCGCUCGGUGCUCAACGCCUCCUAAUGUGGACACACAAACUCACACACUGGCAUAGAGAAACGAUAGAACGGCCUCUGACUGCGCCAGCUAGGAUUUGUGGCAGCCAUCUUGUGAGGAGCUACGUGCGUUGCUCUGUACUGUUUCCAUGUGGAAGCCACGUGCGAACUCCUCGUGUGUGCGUAACGCUGUCAUUAGUCCAAAACACAUAGAAACAUUCCUGUUUUACCCAAAGAAACACAUAUCAUACAGAUAAACAAACAAAAGACAAGAAUAUUUAGGACUCAGCCU